CUAUGUGGCAGAAGUUGGCCGGUGCAGCAAGGCUAGUUUGAGCUGGACCCACAGAAAGCUGGCGGGUAGAGCUGUGCAUGGUCUAGGCAGAUGCACAAGGGCUAAUGCGGCAGGGUAGGGCAGGUGCUCAGCAACUGGUGCACUAGGCAGACCAGGGAUCUGGAGAGGCUGUGUGUGGCUGUUUGCAGCUGAACAGAAGGUGGCUGCUGGAGCUGUGCAAAGCAGGUUGUGUGCGACUUUGGUGGCUGCUCAGGGGUGUGGCUGGAGGCUGGUUGUUGGAGCAAAACACGGGCUAGAGGCUCCAUUUGUAGUUGAGCUGCAAAGGGCAGCUGCUAUUUGGCAGCGCAGCUGGUGGUGGAUCGUGUUAUUGCUACUGUGGCUCUUGGCUAGCUAUUUUCCAGCUACCAUUGCUGGUGGUGAGAUUGGCAACGAAGGCUGAGGCUCCUGAGGUUGCUGAUACAUCAUGGUGAAUGCCACUAAAGGACUUUUGAUUUCCUGUGACAUACCAAUGGCUCAAUUCAUUAUCAAUUUGAAUGCUUCAAUGCCAGCGUCUCAGAAGUUCAUAAUACAUGUCUUGGACAGUACUCACAUAUUUGUGCAACCCCAUGUUGCUGAAAUGAUUCGCAGUGCCAUGGCUGAGUUCAGAGACCAGAAUUCCUACGAGAAGCCUUCUUGACACUAAAAUUUGAAGUUUUCCUUCCACAAAAGAAAUUUCCAUGUCAGACUGAAAAUAUUACUGCGUAAAACUAAGUACAUCUUUUCCCAUCUUGUUGGUCGUGAAACUGAAAGAUAUUUCCAGGGCUUGACUGAGCAAGAUCAAGACCUUGUCAAACUCUGCAAAAUAGAUUAUAAUUUAUUGCUCAUCCAUGCUAUUUGGAUGAGUUAAAGUCGAGUGCAUAUUUGCGCCA